AUGGGACGGUCUAGCUCCCCACCGUCAAUCGCAUCAUCGUCGCGGUCGCUCCCCGAGCGGGGCAAGUUUGUCAAGAACCCACUGGGCAUCUUUGGCAAGUAUUUCUCCGCCUUUGCCUACCGCAGCGCGCUCGACAAGAAGGCAUCAUCCAAACUGGUCAAGCAGCGCAACGAGGACCGCCCAAACUCGAUCAACGCGCCGCGUGCUUCAGCAGACGACCACAACCACCACAACCCGACGAUAAACGAUGACUUGUACAGCUUCCACCACCACCCCGACUCACGGUACCACCAGCAGCAGUACGAGCUCCACAUGUCAUCGGCCCAUUACCACCAGCAGCGGCUGCGCGAAGAUCGCGCGAGUGGCAGCAGCGCCAGCAGCCACCACACGCACCAGACACACUUUGACCCGACGCCGCUACCUGUGCGGCGGCCAGUUACCCCAACGCCGCCGACGCCGCCGCCCAAGCUUCCCCCGACGCCAAAGUCCAACGGCCGCCUAUUCCCACCAACUCCGGGAUCCGUGACGCCCACAAAGCCAAACCAGAGGCCUCCGCCCCUUGGCGCCGCACCGCCCAGGCCUGCUCGCCCCGGCGGCCGAUCGCCACUGCCACAAGGCCAAGGGCGAUCGGGAGCCUCGCCGAGCCCGGCGCGCCAGAUGGUUCGCCAACACGCAGCAUCCAUGCCGUCGGCUGAGCGCUCGCGCACCCCGUCUGCCCAGCACCGCCCGCCGCAGGCCCCCCCGCCACAGUGCGCGCUCCCCCCGGCCCCGGUCCCCACCUUUCCCUGGCUGCACAAGGGCGAGUUUGGCCCCGUGUCACAUGUGCUGCCGGACGCUGCACUCGAGAGGAUCGCCACGUUCCUCAGCGAGAUGGAGGCGUACGGGUCCCUCGCGAACAUUGUCUUGUGUUCCAAGGCGUCACACGCCCUCGCCACCCCCGUGCUCUACCACACCAUCCCGCUCGCGUGGCACAACAUGCCACACCUGCUGUAUGGCCUCGGACACUCGGGCCGCGCGUACCGCUCCGUCGCCAUCAGCAAGUGGGACCCCGUGUCGCGCGACAUGUCGUCGACGACCUCGCGCGGCAAGAUGGGCGCCUUCUCGAUGUACCACUCGUACCGCAAGGAACACAACGAAAAGUGGCGCCGGCACAAGCUCGCGUGCCUGCGCUUCGUCAAGCGCGUUCAUGUCGAGUCGCUUCCUUGGGACUCGGCUUCCAAGCAGCUCCGCGAGCUCACCAGCAUGCCAUACUACACGCGGUUCAACAACCUCAUGCUCAGCGGCAGCAUCCACCUCUUCCCGUCAGUCGAGCAUGUGUCCUUCUCCGCGGCGGCUGUCGCCUCGCUCCAGUGGACUGCUCCGGACGCAGAGCAGCACGAGCUCGAGCUGUGCGAGUACGAGCGCCACCUCCUCACCCUGUGCCACCUCUUCUCGCCAAAGCACAUCUGCGCCGGGCGCCCGACCGAAGUCCGCCACAGGCUCGAGAACCAGCCGUCGCCCAUCCCGCGCAUGUCCCACUCGUUCCCAAAGGUCAUGCUCGACAUUUCCAAGGUGUGGCACCUGCGCAGUGUGACAUUCCACGACGUCUUCACCGUCGAACCAGUCUUCCAACCAGGUACCCAGGUGCGCGCGUACUUCUCUCUCGAGCCCCGCAGCCGCGCGCAGGCCAACGAGCCAUGCGUGACGCCGUACCCCGAGUGGCUGUCGACCGUCGCCCAGACCCAGACGCCGCUGGCCGCUUCGGCCAACCAGUCGCCGCUUGCCCUCGCCAAGACGUCCUCGCCGCCGCCCUCGAUCCACGGAGGCCACGGCACAGGGCCCAGCCUCAUCCCCUCGCCCGUGUCAAUGACCUUCUCGGGGUCCUCAGCCUCGUCAGUGUCCCUCGCGUCCGAGUCGACUGCCAGCUCGUUCCCGAGCAGCCGGCCGUCAAUAUCCUCCUCCUCCAUCUCGUCAGCUUACACCGUUGUCUCCAGUGUGCCGAGCAGCGUGUCGUCCCCGCCCGCGAGCCCCAAGGUCUCCACCGCCGGCUCCAUCUUCGGCCAUGUCGGAAUGCACCAGGCGCCCCAGCCGCAGCAGGACCCGUCCCCGCCCGCGACGCCGCUCACGAGCAAGCCCCACUGCCAGAUCCCGAUCCACACCAUCGCGCACACGCGCGCCCUCCUCCGCUCCGUCCCCAACUGGGAGUUUAUCGGCGCGCCGACGCCGACCGCCGCGGCGCUCGACGACCUCGUCAGCCACAUUGCCUACGGCUCCACCGUCAACGACUGGAACGUUGGCGCAGAGGUCGUCGGCAGAAUGCGCUGGACGCGUAGGGCCGCCGCCAAGCGCUGCCCGUGUUGUGCAAAGGCCUAA